CGCGUCCGCCGCGGCGCGGUGCCGGCGCUCGGGCCCCCACCCCUGCCGCCCAUUGUGACGCCGGCCGCAGGCCGGAUCCCCGAGGCCCGCAGUGGCGGCGGGACCGAGCCCCUGGAGCAAUGGCCGAGACGCAGGAGCUGCUGCUGCAGCUGCAGAAAGACAACCGCGACGGGCGACUGCGGAAGCAGGAGCUGGAGGAGCUGGUGCGCGGGCUCGAGGCCGAGAGCGAGAGCCUCACCGGGCGCCUGCAGGACCUGCGCGAGCGCGAGCGCAGCCUGCAGCGGAAGCGAAGCCAGGUGGCGCGUAGCCUGCGCGGGGAGGUGAGCGAGGCGGCGCGGGAGCGCGCGGAGCGAGCGCGCGAGCUGCUGGAAGCGGCGGAGCAGCACCGGCAGGACUUGGAGCAACACAACCGGCAGCUGCAGGAGCAGUGGGAAGAGCUGUCGAGUAAGCUCUUCUACUACGGAGGGGAACAACUGAGUCAGCAGCGCGCCGAGCAGCAACUCGGGACCCAACUGAUGGCGUUGCAGAAACAACUAGAGCUGCUGGAGGCCAAGCACGCUAAGCAGGCGGAGAGCCUGCGACAGGGCGCGCAGCGGACGGAGGAGGCCUGGGCCAGCUUUCAGGAGCAGAGCGGAGUCCUGCAGGAGCUGCAGGGAAAGGUGAUGGAGGCGGCUGCUGCGCUGGACGCCUCGCGGGGCGGCCCAGAGCUGUGGGACUCCCGGCCUCGCUGGGUGCAGGUCUGCGCGGGCUCGCUCAUGGAGGAGGUGGCCGAGGCCGACUGUGAGAGGCGGCUUUUCACCGGCACCGGCAGGGCGGGCAUCAGGCUGUGGGCGCUGCGCGCGCUGCAGACGCUGCUGUUGCUCCCGCUCGGCGUCCUGGCGCUACCGCUGCUCUACCUGACGCUCGUGAACCCCUCCGCCCUCCGCCGGGGACUCCCGCACUUUGUCUCGGACGCCGCCUUUCGCCGCCUGCGCUACACGCUGUCCCCGCUGCUCGAGAAGAUUUUAUUUAUUUAUUAGAGAGAGAGAGAGAGAGCAGGAGGGAGAGGAAGAGAGAAUCUGAAGCCGACUCCACGCUGAGUGAAGAGCCCGGGGGAGAGCUCGAUCUAACCACCUAGCUGAAGCUAAGAGUCAGACGCUUAACCUGAGUCACCCAGGCGCCCCUGUUUUGUUUUUUAAAAAAUUUUAAAUAUAAUAGCCAUCUUCAGGAGUGUGAUUUUUUUUUUGCUUUCAAUUUUUAGGGAUUGCAUUAUCUUUUUUUCUUUUAGAUUUUAUUUUAGAGAAAGAGCAUGAACUGGGGGAGGGGCAGGGAAAGGCAGAAGGAGAGGGAGGGACUCUCAAGCAAACUGUGCACUGCCUGAGGAGCCCUGCUGUGGGGCUUGGUCUCAGGACCCUGAGAUCAUGGCCUGAGCCGAAACCAAGUCAGAUGCUCAACUGAGUCACCCACGUGCCCCAGGCAUUGCAUUAUCUUACUUUAUUUGUU